AUGGCCGUAAGAUUGCAAUCUUCGACUUCCUCGUUGGCCAAGUAUGCAUCUGCGAAAUCCCCCGGCGUCGACCUGUAUAAUGGAAGUAAAUCGAGAGAUUUCUGUAAUUCAUUUUGGGGAACUGGCGACUACGGGGCGAAUAUCUUAUUCGCUAGGAUGAGAGGUGCUGCACGGACUACCGAUGGAAUGAGAAAUUUCUGGAAAGAGAGAGCUCAAAUUGAGGAAGAAUAUGCGAAGAAACUCUUAGAUCUUUCUCGUAUGGUGUUUGGAAAGGACGAGGUUGGGGAACUGAGGAAUGCUCUCGAUACACUACACUCCGAGACGGAGAAGAUGGCCAAGGCUCACAUGGAUCUCUCGGAGCAGCUUCGGACCGAUUUGGAAGAGCCAACGGUUGCAUUGCUGAACAAACAACUCGAACAUCGCAAAGUGGUACAAUCCCCGGUCGAAAGGAGGUUCAAGGCAAAGCAGUCGCAGGAAUCGUACGUCGUGAAGGCACGGGAGAAAUACGAGGGUGAUAGGCUGCGAAUUGCUUCUUACACAAAACUCAUCGAGCAGCAAGGGCCAGAGCUUGAACGCAUCAGACAGAAGCUGAGGAGGGCCGAGCAAACUGUUGGGGCGAAUGAGAAAGAUUAUGAAAAUUUUUGUAAAGCGUUGGGGGAUAUGCUACCUGCCUGGGAAAGCGACUGGAAAGAUUUCUGUGAUUCCUGCCAGGAUAUGGAGGAAGAGAGAUUAGAUUUCAUGAAGGAUAAUCUAUGGGCAUAUGCGAAUGCCGUGUCUGUGGUGUGUGUAGCGGAUGAUGUGUCAUGCGAAGCGAUUCGGACAGUACUUGAUCAGCUUGAAACGGAACGGGAUAUCGAGUCCUUCGUCCAGGAAUACGGUACCGGGAACUCUUUACCCAAUGCACCUGAAGCUAGGCCGAUUGAACAUAAUCCUUCGUCCUCGUCUACUUCACUCCAUCUUCCGCCACUUGUCACUUCUUCUCGUCAAGCCAAAUUCGCUCGCAAAUCCCGUCGGCCUCCGCCAACAGUGUCUCAGCCCCCGGAAGAGGACCAACCCGUCAAUAAGAAUGGUACCUCUCCUCCAGUCAUUGACAAUCCCACGAAACCGCCGCUGCCCACACAAUCACCGCCACCUGUAUCACCUAAAGUGCCGGUUCCUCCACUCGUAGAGACAACGCCACCUCCUCCUGUAUUUGUUGACCGCAACUCCAAGCCGAUGCCUCCCCAUCCGAACCAAGCCCCGCAUCCUGGCACAGCAGGGCCCCCCCAUCCACCCCCGGAGCAGCAACCCGAGGACCCAGGAAGACCCAUUUUGUUCUAUGUUGAAGCCCUUUACGACUACACUGCUACUAUAGAUGAGGAAUUCAGUUUCCAAGCUGGAGAUAUCAUCGCGGUGACUGCUACUCCUGAUGAUGGCUGGUGGAGUGGUGAACUUUUGGAUGAAAACCGAAGAGUGGAAGGAAGACAUGUCUUCCCUAGCAAUUUCGUUCGACUCUUUUAG